CAAGCAAGCAAGCAAUCAAGGAAGGAAGCAGAGGCAUGGCGGAAGGUAGCGGGAGGAAGAAGCCAAACAUACUGGUGACUGGGACGCCGGGAACCGGUAAGACCACCACCUCCUCUCUUCUCGCUGAGUCCACUCAGCUCCGCCACAUCAACAUCGGCGACCUCGUCCGAAAUAACAACUUGCACGAUGGCUGGGACGACCACUUCGAUUGCCACAUCAUCAACGAAGACCUCGUGUGUGAUGAGCUCGAGGACAUGAUGGAAGAAGGGGGAAACAUCGUGGACUACCAUGGUUGUGACUUCUUUCCCGAGCGUUGGUUUGAUCGUGUGGUGGUGCUUCAAACUGAGAACUCUGUGUUGUACGAUCGCUUGACUAAGAGAGGUUACACUGGUUCAAAGCUUACAAACAACAUAGAAUGUGAAAUAUUUCAAGUGUUGCUGGAGGAGGCAAAAGAUAGUUAUCCAGAAGAUAUUGUGGUGCCAUUAAAGAGCGACAAUGUUGAUGACAUAAACAGGAAUAUAGCGACUCUGACGGAUUGGGUUGGGAGCUGGUGCCCUAAACCCUAAUGAUAUCAACAUCCCACGUCUCUUAAAAGGCAAAUAAUCCUUUCUGUAAAAGGGUCGUGGGGGACUUGAUGCAUCAUUUGACCUAUUUUCUUUUCUUUUUUGUUUUUGGGUGUGUUUUUUGAGAUUAGGAGAGAUAUUAGAAAUGUGCCGACUGUUUUUUCACUUAAACAUUCUUGGGAUCUGGCAUGAUGAAUAUGUUAUUAAUUAUACUUCUUGUUACUGCUUUGCAUUGUGAUCUGGAUCAGAAAUUCUGUUCUGGUGGCCAAACUGAAUCUCUAUUGGCUAUUGCAGUGGUCUGUCAUUGUUAUGGGAGCAAUACUUGCUGUAAAUUAAAAUCAAUAAAUGAUAUCCAAUUUCAUGGA